AUGGCGUCAGGCUCGAAUCUUGGUUCAUCAGCUAGGUUUAACGAUGGUUUGAACUUAGGGAAGUGUCAAAAGCUUGGUCAUAAUUGUGAGAAACAGAAACCCGAGGAUAAGAUAUGGAUCCCAAAAGCCACUAAUGAAGAUGCAAAGGUAGUAGUUACAGGGGAUCAAGAAUUGAAAACAAUUGUUCCAGUAGAGGAGCUUCCUCCUGUAGUGAUGCAGCAAGCUGAAUCUCAGGGCAAGAAAUCUCAUGUGCAGAGAUACAUAAGCAGCAUAAAGAAGGGGGAGAGAAGUGGAUACAUGUUCCAGGCAGUGGAAAAGAUAAAGGUUAUGGGAAAAAGAGAUCAAAUUCACAAAUUACAGACCUUGUGGGCUGGUAUGUUGGCUGCUGGAAAGUUCUCUAUGAAAGGUGUUUAUUCCCAGUUGAGAAGAGAGGAUUCGGUGGUUAAUUGA